AAGCAAACUACAAAUCUGAGCCUUCCUCCUGAAGAUCUUGAUUCAUCUGGUGAUGACAACGAUGCGUUCUCAGGUUCAGGUGCAGGUCCCCUGACUGACCAGUCUCGCACCUGGAGAAUCCCAGGAGAACCAACUAAUUCCUCAUUACUGACAACACCAAUGGAUUUCAACAAACCGCUGUUUCCCUGGACUGAGAGCCGAACUGAAAAGGAACUAAUAUCUCCUUCUGCAACUAGUAAUGUAGUGACAGAGGAGCCAGUUGUAGCUGUGAAGGACGAAGUGCCCAUCCUGGGCUCACCUGAUGAGAAAGCAACAAAUGAUGUGGUUACAAUAACAGCGAUAAGCCCCACUACUCACUUCCCUGCAGUGGUUCAUGUGACUCCUUCAGAAGCCUCAGGCACGGUUCAUGAGCUUGAACCUAAAAUCCCUAGCUCUGAUGUGCCAGACACCAAAGAUGAACCCGAGCCCCACACUACCGUCCAUCAUGAGGGAGACCUCACUGCCACCCCCACGAUGAUGACGGCUCCAAAGGAUGUUGUUCCUACACAUGAGGAGGUUUCUGAAGAUGGCUCUGGAGACCCGGGAGACUUCAUCUUGACUAGAGAUGAUGAUGUCAUCCCCACCCAGAACUCAGAAGUACUGGCUGACUCUGGGAGGAACGCCAAAGCAGCAGGAGCCUCGGGAAUUAUGGACAGAAAAGAAGUUCUUGGAGGUGUUAUUGCUGGAGGACUAGUAGGCUUGGUGUUUGCAGUGUUUCUAGUUGCAUUUAUGCUGUACAGAAUGAAGAAAAAAGACGAAGGCAGCUAUUCAUUGGAUGAACCAAAACAGUCUAAUGGAGGAUACCAAAAACCACACAAACAAGAAGAAUUCUAUGCAUAA